CUACAGCUGGUAACCAUGGCUGCCAUACAGCCAUAUGUAAAUAUUUAUAUAAUGCCUGUUACAUGGUGAUGCACAUUAGUUACAGAAGUAAAGGCUCAACUCUAAACGCGGCGUGAGACGAGGGCUGCUCGGGUUUCCUGCAAAUGUCAAGAAGUUUCUGGAGAAUAAAGAAGAGGAUCCUCCUGAGCAGCAGGAGUGGAGCUCCAGUCUGGACCAGGAGGACUCUCCAGAGCUGUCACACAUUAAAGAGGAACAGGAGGAACUCUGGACCCGUAAGGAGGGAGAGCAGCUUCGAAGGCUUGAGGAGGCUGAUAUCAAGUUCACAUUCACUCCUGUCCCUGCGAAGCGUGACGGAAAUGACGAAGAGGAACCUCAGUCCUCAGAGCUUCAUCAAAGACAAACUGCAGAGAUGAGAGAUGAUGCGGACUGUGGAGGAUCAGAACCUGUCAGAGACUUUGGUCGAAGACAUCUACAAGCAGCUGGUCUUAAAACGUCACACAGUAAUGAUGGUGUGAAGCAGAGCGGUGAAUCUCAGUUAGGUUUUGAUAGUGACAUGGGAUGUAAUGUGGCCAAAACAUAUUCCAGCAGCUCUGAGUUUGGUCAAAGACUUGGCAGCAAAGAUCGUCUGCAGAUCCACAUGAGCUGUCGCACAGGAGAAAAAACAUUUACUUGCCAAUUUUGUGGUAAAAAUUUCACGAAAAGCUCAAAUUUGACGACUCACCUCAGAGUUCAUACGGGGGAGAAGCCGUUCACCUGCUCAGUUUGUAACGCAAGUUUUAGUCUGCGAUGCACAUUAGUGAAUCACAUGAGAGUUCAUACUGGAGAGAAACCAUUUGGCUGCUCAGUUUGUGGUAAAAGGUUUUCUAAAAAGGCGAAUUUGACCACACAUAUGGCCCUGCACACCGAGGAGAAGCCCUUUAAAUGCAGUGUUUGUGACAAAAGAUUCACUUGGCAUUCACAGGUCAAAAACCACAAGUGUGCUGACGGCAGCAGGUGAAGGUGGAGAGCUGGAGCUGGACAGAAACCAACAGAGACAAUAUAACAGUAACAUACUUCUCAGAUGUUCUGCCACGAGCAGGUAAUGACUCCAUGCAUGUUGAAGAACUAACUGUGUACUUAAAUGUGAUUAGAUCGGCUGUUUUAAAGGGGUGUAAUGGUUCACAGAACUCAUGCGUGAACCAAGACUGCAAACCCUGAACAAAUGUUUUGCAUCUUUAAUUGUCAUAUUGCAACAUAAACAUGUUCUGUUUUCCAUCAAAAGAAACAUAUUGACUUGAACCAGGAGUUGCUCUUGUCCGCAAUCUUUCAGUCCGUCCCAAAGCUCUUAUUUGUGCUCUGAGGAUGAGUGAGGAGCCGCCUUCACAGAAGUCUUUUUAACACCCAGCACGCCUCCUUGUUGGACAUCAGUUAUUGAUUGGCUGCUGCAGCUGAUCGGACUGAUCUGAUACAUCACAACAUCACUGGAGACGUGAAGUGACUUCAAACAACAGAUUCAACUUGUGUGUUUCAAUCCCAAGUUAAUGAAUUUGUUUUGUUCACCAUCCAGUUAAAGAUCUGUAUCUUCAUUUGUUAGAAAGAUUUGUAUUUAUAUGAUUGAAGUCAGAGAGAGGAGAGUCCGUCUGUCAGCAAGAAAUACUUUGUACAUUAUAUCAUUGUUUCAGUGUAAUCACAUGUGAGGUUUGUUAUGUUUGAUAAUUUCCAUUUUCCUGGAGACAUUUAGCCUGAUACAUAAUCUCCAGUAUCUCCAUAAUCACAUUCUGGUUUAUGAAUAAAUCAUACAAAAACACAAUCUGUCAGUCAAAAUGGUUCAUGUGCUGCUGAGCAGACCCUGUAAAUACAGAACAGUGUUUGUUAUUCAUCUUCAGGUGUUUGUUGAACAGGCACAGAGGCUGCAGAGACGUCAGCAGACUCAUGUAACACUUAUCAUGACACUUCCUCCUCUGUUGUCUGACAGUAGAGUCACUGCGAGAAGACAUGAUCCUGGUGAACGUCUCUUUUCUUCCUCUAAACUAUCUCCUGUCUCAUCUUCAGUCACCUGAUGUCCCUCCACUCCCACGUCUCCUCACACACUUAUCCUAAACACUGAAACACACCUCAGAUUUACACCACAGAUUUACUGUUACAGAUAAACUCUCCAACAGUACAUAAAGUAGUUUAAAUCAUUUCCAACUUGACCAGAUGCAGAAUCAAAAUGCUGCUUGCAUGGUAAACAUAUCAGUGAUAAUAAUCCAAUGGUAUCACAGAUGGUUUGAAAUAACAUUGCCAGACACUUGAUGAUUUUAAUACAUUUUGUACUGGUUGCUUUUAAUUUACGUGUAGCAGCUCUACAGUUAUUGAACUGAAGGAUCUGGAGGUUUCCAGGCUUGUUUAUACUUAAUAAAGAUAUUAUCUUGUGAAGAGCACUUUUAUUUUGAAAAUCAGCUAGGAAAGGGCACCGGAUGUGUUUGUUCCAACCGUGACAAAUAUUUUAGCUUUUUCCGGUUUGAACACCGGCGAUCGUGUGCGUCUCCGUUAGAUAAAAGCACAGAGAUCCACCGGACUUGAAGUGAACUUUGAGAUCUUUCAGGGUGUUUCUCCUCUGACCCACCUCUCAGUUUUGUGAAGAAAAAAAGCUAUAAAUGCUAAGCUAAAGGACGUUAGCGUAGCUUGCUAGCUCUCCAGAGAACAAAGCGUUAACAGACCCAAAAUGUCUGAACAUAUUCAGUGAUGUUCACUUGUGAAGUGUCUAAUAUCUGAUUCAUCUCCUGCUGUUUUGACGAAGAUAGCUCUCUGUCUGGAAGUAGACGGAGCCGUGAUCUGAUUUAUCACCAGAGUGAGCAGACAGUUUGUCGAACAGCUGAAUUAUCUGCUGCUGUCCUGCGGAGCUAAUGAAGCUAACUUAGCUUGUUAGCAGGAAGUAGACGGAGCCGAGCGGACUGUGAACAGUUUUUGACGAUAGAAAAGAGUGUUUCUGUAGUGAAAGUUCGUGUGAGUCAGUGAAAAUGUCUAAAGUCCAAACGCUGAGAGUUGUUGUGAAGCAGCGACUAACUGCGGCUGCUGAAGAGAUAUUUGAGCUGUUUGAAAGAACGAUAGCAGAGUACGAGGAGGAACUGUGUCGACACCGGAAACUACUGGACGCUGUUCUGAAGCCUCAGGUCCAGUUACACAGAACAGACGUCCAGCGGCCGUCGGUGAGUGAAGAAGAGGAUCCUCCUGAGCAGCAGGAGAGCAGCUCCAGUCUGGACCAGGAGGAACCAGAACCCCCACACAUUAAAGAGGAACAGGAGGAACUCUGGACCAAUCAGGAGGGAGAGCAGCUUCCAGGGCUGGAGGAGGCUGAUAUCACCAAGUUCACCUUCACUCCUGUCCCUGUGAAGAGUGAAGACGAUGAUGAAGAGGAACCUCAGUCCUCACAGAAGCUUCUGAUGGAAACAGAAGCUGAUGGAGAGGACUUUGGAGAACCAGAACCAGCCUGGAACUGUAAUCCAGAUUCUCAUUUACAGUCAGCUGCUCUUGAUGAGAUGUCACACUCCUCUGAACCUGAGACUGAUGACGACGUGUCUGGAGCUGAGAGCAACGACCGCUGUGAUUGGGAGGAAACCAGGGAGCCUCAGCCAGGUUCAAACUGUCUGCAGGACAAUGACGUAUCUGUAAGUAAUGAGACGUUUUACACUGGAGAAACAUCAGUUAACUCCUCUGAUUGUGCUACAAGCUUCGGACACGAGGGACAGGAACACGACGGAAUCCCAGCAGGAGCGAAACCAUUUAUUUGCCCAGUUUGUGGUAAAAGUUAUCACAUUAAGAACUCUUUAAAUACUCACAUGAGAAGUCAUUCAGGAGGACGAUUCAGCUGCUCAGAGUGUAAAAAAACUUUUCACUGCCGAAGAUAUCUUGUGAACCACAUGAGGACCCACACUGGGGAGAAACCCUUCAGCUGUUCUGUCUGCGGUACAAGAUUCGCCAAGAGCUCGACUCUUAAGUCUCACUUGAGAGUUCAUACAGGAGAGAAACCUUUCACCUGCUCCGUCUGUAAAGCAAGUUUCAGCCACAGAUACAAUUUGGCCACACACAUGAGAAUCCACACUGGUGAGAAGCCGUUCAGGUGCUCAGUGUGUGGAAAGAGAUUCACACAGCUUGGAUCAGUGAGACGACACUCCAUUGUCCACACGAGGGAGAAACCGUUCAGUUGCAGCUUUCACAUGGAUGAACACAAGUGUGUCGACGAGUGCAGCAGAGAGGCGUGUUGAACCAGGUUCUCUCCGGCAGGACUGAAGUUCUGAAGGAAAGACUCAACUCAGCACUGAUCAGCUUAAAACCGUGAAAUCGAUCCAAAACAAGUUUAUGUUUUCAUGAACGAUGAAGCAACGUGAUUGUUAAAUUAUGUUUUUAUUGGUGUCCUACAUGGUUUUGUUUAGCAGGUACUGAUCUAAUUAGAAUUAUUUUGCUAAUCUAAAAUAUAUUUAAUCUGUGUAAUAUAUUUUUUCAGUUAUUUACUGAUAACGAUCUAAACCACUAGUAUAGCAUUAUGGUCAUCGAUUGUUUGAAAUGUGAUUAAUAAAUAAAAUGUGUCGAGUAACUCCUGAUAAUAAAAUCUACUAAUCUGACAGACUC